GAGCGCAGCUGCCUCGUUCGAGCUUCGGCGCAAAUGCAAACACACUUUCGCAGAAACACAAAGUGAUUGAGUGACACGCGCAAACCACGCGAGGCCGCACGGAUCAGCGGGAGGCGAGAGGGGGGGGCAAAGUUAAAGCUGGGAUGAAAUGUCGCAAGCAAGUCAGAGCAGCCCACCCAUCCCCAACCUGAGCGAGGGUUACCCGGUCGCCAGUCUCACCCUGGUGGUCCUGCUGCUCAUCCCCGCCGUGGUCGUGCUGCUCCUGCUCAACUGCCUCUUCCUGGGUUACAAGCUGCUGCUCCUCUCCAAGGCGAGGCCUCGGCCGGAGUCCCAAGAGGACGCGGUGGGGUUCCAGCGGCGGGACUCCGCCCCGCAGCGGGCCCCGAGGUCGCCCGACGCGGAAGCGUUCUCCGCCCGGAGGCCCUACAUGUCGCUGUCCGAGCCCGCCCUGCCUCGGCCGCCGGUCACCUCCUCCAGGGCUUCUUCGUCCGGCAGGGAGCAAAGGAUGUGGCUUCUGAGGACGGGGUCCGGGUCUUCGAGGACGCCCAGCAGCAUCCGGGCGGCGGCGGCGGCUGCAGCGGCGGCGUCCUCCUCCUCCCGGGCGUCCCGAUUCAGCAAGCCCGAGAGGCGUCACAGCGAGCCGGCGUCGCCUGAGUCCAGCUACUCGGAGGCCAACCUGGUGCCGCCCAACUCUCCCACGUGCGUUUACAAGGAAGCGGAUCACACGGCUGGCGUCUGUCGGAUGAGCGCGUACGGGAUGCGGACCGAGCCGAGCCCGGGGACGCUCCACCCGCUGGACAACGUUUACAUGGAAUGCGAGUCCUACGUCCACCCGGCCUUGGAGGGUUCCUGCCCCGACACGUCCACGGAGGGUUCCGGGCUGGACGGCGACUUUGGUGCCAGUGCAGGUGUGUCCCUGCGGAUUCUUUCGGCGGACAGCGAUGGCUUGUCCAACGGCGUGCUGACGUCGGCGCUGGAGUGGGACUAUUACGACCCGUGCUACGUCAAGCAGAACCGCGUGCCCAAGCACAAACGCCACCGGCCUUUCGUGCACAGCAAACAGUACUGGGUGUGAAAACUCAUCUAUUUAUUGCUUAUUUAUUAUUUUU